GAGGGGGCGAGGUUCUGCGGUCCCGGCGCGCCGCGCGGCUGGACGCGGCGGGCGGGGCGGAGGAUGGAGGCGGCAGCGUCCGCUGCAACGGUUGGGGCUGCGCGUGAGAAGGUGGCUGUGUAGGCACCCGGGCUGGGUGAAGGCCGGCGGCGGCCGGGCCAUGGCCGGAGACUACCUCCGCUGGGCUCCCUGAGGUGCUCUCCCUGAAGUCCCGGGGAGCCGUGGUCCAUGGGCUCCCUGAGCAGCCGAGUGCUGCGCCACCCUGGGCGAGCCCGAGCCCAGCAGGAGCCGGGUUCUGGGGCAGGGGGCUCGACCCGCAGGCCGGAGGCUGGCGGCGACGCUGCGGGCCACGGCUUCUGUUACUGCCCGGGGAGCCGCAAGCGCAAGAGGAGCAGUGGGGCCUUCUGCUACUGUCACCCCGACUCCGAGACAGACGAGGAUGUAGAGGAGGGGGACGAGCAGCAGAGACUCCUCAACACCCCGCGCAGGAAAAAAUUAAAAAGUACAUCCAAAUACAUUUAUCAAACAUUAUUUUUGAAUGGUGAAAAUAGUGACAUUAAGAUUUGUGCUCUAGGAGAAGAGUGGAAUUUACACAAAAUAUAUUUAUGUCAAUCUGGCUACUUUUCUAGUAUGUUCAGUGGUUCUUGGAAAGAAUCCAGCAUGAAUAUUAUUGAAUUGGAGAUUCCUGACCAGAAUAUUGAUAUAGAAGCACUGCAGGUUGCAUUUGGGUCACUAUAUCGAGAUGAUGUCUUAAUCAAGCCCAGUCGCGUUAUUGCCAUUUUGGCAGCAGCUUGUAUGUUGCAGUUGGAUGGUUUAAUACAGCAGUGUGGUGAGACAAUGAAGGAAACAAUUAAUGUGAAAACUGUAUGUGGCUAUUACACAUCAGCAGGGACCUAUGGAUUAGAUUCUGUAAAGAAAAAGUGCCUUGAAUGGCUUCUGAACAAUUUGAUGACUCACCAGAAUGUUGAACUUUUUAAGGAACUCAGUAUAAAUGUCAUGAAACAACUCAUUGGUUCAUCUAACUUAUUUGUGAUGCAAGUGGAGAUGGAUGUUUACACGGCUCUUAAAAAGUGGAUGUUCCUUCAACUUGUGCCUUCAUGGAAUGGAUCUUUAAAACAACUUUUAACUGAGACAGAUGUCUGGUUUUCUAAGAGGAGAAAAGAUUUUGAAGGUAUGGCCUUCCUUGAAACUGAGCAAGGGAAACCAUUUCUGUCAGUAUUCAGACAUUUAAGGUUACAGUAUAUUAUCAGUGAUUUGGCCUCUGCAAGAAUUAUUGAACAAGAUUCUCUAGUACCUUCAGAUUGGCUGUCUUCUGUGUACAAACAGCAGUGGCUUGCUAUGCUUCGGGCAGAACAGGACAGUGAGGUGGGGCCUCAAGAAAUCAAUAAAGAAGAACUAGAGGGAAAUAGCAUGAGAUGUGGUAGAAAGCUUGCCAAAGAUGGUGAAUACUGCUGGCGGUGGACAGGUUUCAACUUCGGCUUUGACCUGCUUGUAACUUAUACCAAUCGAUACAUCAUUUUUAAACGUAAUACACUGAACCAGCCAUGCAGUGGAUCUGUCAGUUUACAACCUCGAAGGAGCAUAGCAUUUAGAUUACGUUUGGCCUCUUUUGAUAGUAGUGGAAAACUAAUCUGUAGUAGAACAACCGGCUAUCAGAUACUUACACUCGAAAAAGAUCAGGAACAAGUAGUGAUGAACUUGGACAGCAGGCUUCUGAUCUUCCCUUUAUAUAUCUGCUGUAACUUCCUGUAUAUAUCACCAGAAAAAAGAACUGAAAAUAACCGUCAUCCAGAAAAUCCAGAAAACUGAGGAUCUCAUCAGUCGGAAGCAGCACUUUGAAAACUUUUUCGGCCAGCUUUAAUUUAAUAGCCCUACUGAUAUUCACAUCUAAGGUGACUAACAAUGACAAAGGCCUUAUGAACUGUACAGAUAAUACAGAAGACUAUUCUUAUGCUCAUUACAUUUCUAUGCAUAUAUGGAAAACCAUUUUGAAGCCAAGAAUAUAUCUGUGAAACCAUUUCUGUAAUAAAGAUUUUGACUCAUGCUUUUAAUUUAGCAUCAGUAGAAAAUCACUGUAGAUAAAUUUCACAUUUCUCUGCAACCUAAUAUAGAUUUAAUUUUUAGUUUAAACUUUGAUCCUACCUAAUGUUAGUGAACCUCAGUUAUCUAUCUGUAAAUUUAUGUUUAUUUGGCCAAGACAAUGCUGAAGGAACAAUUUGAAUGGCCAAUUAUAAAUGCUCUUUCAACUGGUGCAUUUAAAGCUGUCCUUUAAUGUUUUCAACUGCUUUUUAGGAUUUCUCCUCCUAUUCUGAUAUCCCUCCAAGCUAUGUUUGUUUUUAAUCAUUAAAUACCUUUUGUAGUUUGGAGACUAAGCUGGGGAACUUUUUAUUUAAUGUGAGCAUUUUCAUGAUAUUUUAUUUUGCUUUUAAUUUCGCUUUGUUACAAUUUUUAACAAAAUCAGCUUCAGACUUUCAAAUGAACUUGAAAGGGAGAGAAAAUCUAUUUGAAUCUGAGGAUAUUCCUUUGCCUUACCUGGUCUUCUUUGACAUUCUAUACAACUUCAUUCUUAGGUCGUGGAUUAUUUAUGUACCAAAUAUGACACUUUAAAAAACAUUUUCAUAUUCUCUGAUCUUCAGAAUAAUUUAUGCUCAAAUUUUGGUUGGGAAUCCUAUUUCCUACUUAAGCUCAGGACUUAUAACUUCUGAAUUGAGUGCCUUUGAGUUAUACUGCUAUAGUAGAAAUUUCAUGGCAAAUGUAAAUCAAGUCGGAGGAUCUCAUAUAAAAGCUUAUAAUAAAGCAUUAAUGUAAAAAUUGAA